UGGGUUAUCUUUAAUCUCCAAACCUCUUCCCUCUUUCGUGAUAUCCAAACCUUUCCUCCUCCACUCGCAUCACAUGGUGCUCCUCGCCCUCUCCUUCUCAGCUCCGCCGCUUGCCGUCGGAGUUCGUUCGUAUCGUCCUCGUCUACGUGCCUGGAAACGAGGGCGAGACCAUGAUCGUUCCCGCAAGUUCUCUUUCUGUAGCAGAUUGAUCCCCUCCCUCCCACGAACUAACGACUUCGCUGCGAUAUUGCUCUCUUCUGCUCCUCGAUCUCAAUCUGAAUCCCAUAGAUCUCUUGUUGAGUCUCCUGUGGUUACCUUUCAGCAGGCCAUUCAGCGUCUCCAGGACUAUUGGGCUUCUGUGGGGUGUGCCAUAAUGCAAUGCAGCAAUACUGAGGUUGGAGCUGGGACAAUGAAUCCGUCAACAUUCUUGAGGGUAUUAGGUCCAGAACCAUGGAAUGUUGCGUAUGUGGAGCCUAGUGUACGCCCAGAUGAUAGUCGGUAUGGUGACAAUCCUAACAGACUCCAACGUCACACUCAAUUUCAGGUUAUCCUGAAACCUGAUCCUGGGAAUUCACAAGAACUAUUCAUUCGUAGCCUUUUGGCACUAGGAAUUGAUGUAGAUAAGCAUGACAUUCGUUUUGUGGAGGACAAUUGGGAAAGCCCUGUUCUUGGUGCAUGGGGAUUGGGCUGGGAAAUAUGGAUGGAUGGGAUGGAAAUUACACAAUUCACAUACUUUCAGCAGGCUGGCAGUCUUCCACUUUUGCCAAUUUCAGUGGAAAUAACUUAUGGCCUUGAAAGAAUCCUCAUGCUUCUUCAGGGUGUCAAUCAUUUCAAGAAAAUCCAGUACGCAGAUGGAAUUACUUACGGAGAACUGUUUCUGGAAAAUGAGAGGGAAAUGAGUGCAUACUAUUUGGAGCAUGCAAAUAUAAGUCAUAUUCAACAAUGCUUUGAGAAUUUUGAAGAUGAAGCCCUAUCCCUCCUGGCUCUUGAACUUCCAAUUCCUGCGUAUGAUCAGCUUUUGAAGGCUUCUCAUGCUUUUAAUAUAUUAGAUGCUAGAGGCUUUGUUGGUGUUACUGAACGUGCUAGAUAUUUUGCACGAAUGCGAAGUCUUGCUCGGCAAUGUGCUCAACUUUGGUUGAAGACACGGGAAGCUCUUGGGCACCCAUUAGGAUUUUCCAAGGAAAAUGAUCUCUUGUUUCAAAAUCUUCCAAAUUCCCAAUUGCAGAAGGUAUUGGAACGUCCUGGAGCAUUUGUUCUUGAGAUUGGCACUGAAGAGAUGCCUCCUCAUGAUGUAGUUGAAGCAAGUAACCAGCUUAGAAGUCUCACUGUGGAGUACCUGAAAAAAAGAAGACUGAGUUGUGGAGAAGUUUCAUCAUAUGGUACACCACGCCGACUUGUGGUCUUUACUGAGAGUCUAAGUCAUAUGCAAGCAGAGAAUGAGAUUGAGGUUCGAGGCCCUCCAGCAGCAAGGGCAUUUGAUUCCGAAGGAACUCCUACUCAGGCCGCUAAGGGAUUCUGCCGCAAGAAUGGCAUAACCCUGGAUGAUCUAUACAAGAAAUUUGAAGGAAAGACUGAGUAUGUAUAUGCUAGGAUCAAGGAAUCAAAACAAUCCACUUUUGAGGUUCUUGUAGAUGGUCUACCAAGUAUUUUGGCUUUGAUUUCUUUUCCAAAAUCGAUGAGAUGGAAUUCCCAGGUCUUGUUUAGUAGGCCAAUUCGCUGGAUUUUAGCACUACAUGGUGAAACAGUUUUGCCUUUUUCUUUUGGAGGAGUUUCAAGUGGGAGGCAAACAUGUGGGCUUCGGAGUUCGCACUCAGCCAUACUUGAGAUAGAAACUGCAGAGGCAUACCUGCAUAAGAUGAGGGAAGCUGGCAUCUUGGUUAAUAUGAAGGAACGGAAAGAAAAAAUUAUAUGUGAUGCUGACUCAUUAGCUUCAAGUGUUAACAGCAAUGCAAUAAUGCAAGACAGUUUAGUUGAGGAGGUUGUAAACCUUGUGGAGGCUCCUCUUGCUAUACUUGGUAGAUUUGAUGAAUAUUUCUUGGAGAUUCCAAAGGACAUAUUGAUUAUGGUCAUGCAAAAGCACCAGAAGUAUUUCCCCUUGAUCUGCCAACAUACAGGAACUUUAAUGCCAUACUUCAUUGCUGUUGCAAAUGGACUAAUUGAUGAACAAGUAGUUCGGAAAGGAAAUGAAGCUGUACUAAGAGCCCGCUAUGAGGAUGCAAGUUUUUUCUAUAAAAUGGACACCCAAAAGAAAUUUUCUGAAUUUCGAGGCCUUCUAAGUGGAAUUCUUUUUCAUUUAUACAGGAACAACUUGGAACAAUGUUGGACAAGGUGGUUCGCAUUCAAAAGAUUGUUGGAAAGUUGUCACAUUCUCUGGGAAACGAGAAAAGUGUGCAUACGAUUGUUGAAGAUGCAGCAGCUCUUGCCAUGUCUGAUCUUGCAACUUCUAUUGUCACUGAAUUCACCUCUCUAUCAGGAAUAAUGGCCCGCCAUUAUGCUCUAAGGGAUGGGUAUCCCGAGCAGAUUGCUGAGGCUCUUUUUGAAAUUACACUUCCAAGAUUUUCUGGGGAUAUACUUCCAAAAUCUGAUGCUGGAAUUGUUCUGGCCAUUGCUGAUAGGUAAGCUAUCCUU